AUGAAGAACUUCUUUGGUAGCGGCAAGAAGCCAACGUCCUCCUCCACUCCUCCUCCUCCUCUUUCCUCUACUAGGAAAUCCGCCACUUUCGAGGAGCGCGACCGUGAUAGCCACGAUCCGGCCGAACAACCUCCCGCAUACUCGGAGCCUUCUUCUCCAGCGAGAGCAAAGUCGCCUUCAAAGUCUUCAAAGAGACUAUCUCGGCCCGCUUCUUACGCCGCCGAGUCCACAAAAUCUUCCUCCCGUUCUUCUAGACUGUCGAGGCAAUCUACCGACCCGGGCCAUUCUCACUCUCAUUCCUCCUCUCGUCGGCACAAAUACGAGCCCGAUACACAUCCGCUCAACCUCCCUCCCGAAGAACGAAAGCGAUUAUCCGCUCUCGCCGCUGCAAUGAACGGUAACUCCAUGGAUGUCGACAGCGAGCCUGUUAAUGGCGCUCGUUCAACUACUCCUCCCAACCCGAAAGCCCAGACCAACUUUUCCGUCCCUAUUCCCAACGGCUCCAGUCAUGAUGACGGCGCCCCUCCGCCACCUCCUCACAAAUCCAACCCUGGAAGCCCAACAAUUACGCCUGAGGAAGAUGCCGAAGCCUACAAGGCUGCCGGUAACCGAUUCUUCAAGGAGAAGAACUACUACAAGGCUAUCGAGCAGUACAGCAAAGCUGUCGACCUCUUCCCCUUCUCUUCUACUUAUCUAGGCAACCGAGCUGCUGCUUAUAUGUCUAAUGGCCAAUAUGAGCAUGCUCUUGAAGACUGCUCCAGGGCUGCCGACUAUGAUCCUCAUAAUGCCAAGAUUCUUCUGCGCUUGGCCCGUAUCUAUACUGCUAUGGGCCGACCAGAGGAAGCCAUGACAACCUUCAACCGCAUUGACCCCCCACCAUCUGCUAAGGACAUGGCCCCUGCGAAGGAGAUGUUGCAUCAUAUUCAGUCUGCCCGUGAUAUUCUUGCACGUGGAUCUGGAUCUGGUAUGUCCAUGGUGCUUCAUGCUCUUGACCUGGCUGAGCGCAGCCUGGGUCCCAGUGUUAGCAAGCCCCGCAAGUGGCAGCUCAUGCGUGGAGAGGCUUAUCUAUUAAUGGGACGGGAAAACUCAUUGGGAGAAGCGCAAAAUAUUGCUAUGAAUCUCCUCCGAAACAACAGCCAAGACCCUGAGGCUCUUGUUCUCCGAGGACGUGUUCUCUAUGGCCAGGGCGAGAACGAUAAGGCUAUCCAGUUCUUCCGUAUGGCUAUCAACUGUGAUCCCGAUUUCCGUGAUGCCGUCAAGUGGCUCAGAAUUGUCCAAAGACUUGACCGCAUGAAGGAGGAGGGCAACACCGACUUCAAGGCAGGUCGUCUACAACAAGCCAUCGAGAAGUAUACCAAUGCUCUGGAAAUUGACCCUUCCAAUAAGAGCAUGAACUCGAAGCUGUUGCAGAACCGGGCACAAUGCAAGAUCAAGCUCAAGCAGUACGACGAUGCCAUCGCUGACUGUGAGCGGGCCAUUAACCUCGACCCUGGUUACACAAAGGCCCGCAAGACCAAGGCCAAUGCUUUGGGUGGUGCCGAGAGGUGGGAAGACGCCGUUAAGGAAUGGAAGGCCAUCCAGGAGCUUGAUCCUGAGGAUCGGACUAUCGUGCGAGAGAUCCGCAAGGCGGAGCUUGAGCUCAAGAAGGCUCAACGCAAGGACUACUAUAAGAUCGUUGGUGUCGAGAAGACCGCUACAGGUGACGAGAUUAAGAAGGCCUAUCGUAAGAUGGCUGUGAAGCUCCACCCUGAUAAGAACCCCGGCGAUCCUCACGCCGAGGAGAAGUUCAAGGACUUGCAGGAGGCUUACGAGUGCUUGAGCGACCCUCAGAAGCGUGCUGCUUACGACAACGGCGAUGAUCUUAUGGAUCCCAACGACAUGUUCGGUGGCGGCGGCAUGGGAGGAGGUAUGGGCGGCAUCGACCCGGAGAUCCUCUUCAGCAUGAUGGGCCAGCAGGGUGGUUUCGGCGGCGGUGGCUUCCGAUCUGCUGGAGGCUUCCCCGGCGGCGGUGGCGGCGGUGCCCACUUCAACUUUGGUGCCGGCGCGGAUGAUGACGAUGACGACCUAUGGGAUAGUGAGGAUGAGGAUGCGGACUUCUAUGACGAAGAAGACGAGGAUGGGGAUGGCGAAGAAGAGGAAAACCACGACUAUGCAACCACCAGCGACGAGGACUUCCACCCACAGCCCCCCCGGAACAGUAAGCUCCGAGAUGAUCUUGAACAGCGCCACCAAGAUGCCCAUGGCCGGCUGGUCGAUGCUGUACGACGAUACAGCAAGUUCUUCAUGGCGGCAGCGGUCUUGCUCCCUUGGCAAAUGGUGAUACUCAUUUUGACGCUGGAAAAAGCCGUUAUCUUUGUGAACGGCUAG